CAAACCAGAUGAGAAUUCAUUCAGGAUUUCGCCACCGUCCUACCAAGCAUUUGCAACGACAACUUGGUUAGUUGGUAGGAUAAAUGUAGGUUGCUUGUUUACUUUUGGUUGGUGAACUCAGUUGGACGGUUCGGUGGUAACUUUUGGGUUUAAUUAGUGAGUUUGUGUGUUUGUUAGUUUGGUUGACAAUUUGUUGGCUGUUCAGGUGAUAAGUUGGUCAGUCAGCCAAUCUCAUAAUUAGUUUGGGAAUUCAAUGUUUGGUUGGUUAGUUAGUUGGUUAGGUCAUUUUGAUGGUCACUGAGUUGCUUGUUGGUUCGUCACUUAGGCAGAAAUGAUUUUGCCUCAUGAAACUGCACUUAGUUCCGUUCUUAUGGAGUCUACCUGUCCUUUCUCUACUGUUUGGGGCAGCGGAUCCCUCCGCCCCAGGAUGCCGAGAUAACAGCGCAGUGCUUUGUCCGAACGUUUCAGAUUACGUGAUGGUGUCGUGCUUCCCCAACGCCAUUAUCGCCAAUGUGCCCGAGUGUCCGUACGGAUGGAAGAUGGAGCAGCUCUCCCUGGGGGGCGUGUGCUCUACAGGCGUGCACAGCUCCGGUUACUACCGCUUCAUCAUCCCUGACCUGACGCCCAAGAACCACUCGUACUGCGGCACCCAGUCGGAGUACAUCCCGGGCAAAGACGCCCGCUACGUCUUCUUCAACUCGGUGGUGUCCAACGACACAUCUCUGACGCUCAGGAACCAGCCAGUCAACUACACCUUCAGCUGCGUCUACCGCGCCACCUACCUGGUCAACAACGCCGUCUUCAGUCAGAGGUCAGGAAACACCUCGUCCAGGCCCUCGGAAAAAAGUUGUGCGUGGAUUAAAAAUGCCUUUGCUUUUUCCAGAGUGGCCACCGUCUAUGUCAGCAACGGUACUUUGGGUUCCUUUAAGUCACAGUUAUCCAUGGGUGUGUUCACGAACGCCAAGUUCCUGUAUGCCAAAGAGACGCCAUACGUGAUUGACACCUCUGAGAUCGGCUCGGAGGUCUUUGUCGGCGUGGAGGCCAAAGGGCUGAGCGGACGUUUCCGCGUGGUCAUUGAAAAUUGUUGGGCCACGCCUACACCCUACUCCACGGACAGGAGGAGGUGGAGCCUCAUAAUCAACAGCUGCCCAUCCGACGACACGGUGAACAUUUUCGAGAACGCCAAAGACGGCCGCUCCACCUUCAAGUUCAACUCGUUCCGCUUCCGCGGCCAGGAGAAGGUGUCCACCGUGUGGCUCCACUGCGAGGUCCACGUGUGCGACAGCGAACGGAUCGCCUGUCAACCCAGUCCUUGCCCAGCCAGGAGACUGGCACCAAAAGCCGAGCAACACGCCGGUAUCCUGACUGCUGAAUUUUACAUCAGAGCUAAUGGAUCAUCCGGUAAAGGACACAUCAUAGGAGCGUCUCCGCCUCUCCUGCUGCUCAUCCUAAUCAACACGUGCUGCCAUGCUUACACCAUUAAUCAGUGAACAAAAAUCCGCUUGUUGUACAAUUGGUGCGCAUGCAACUCGUAAUCGGUGCUUUUACGUGCGUCCUUUAAAGCGGAAAAUGCGCUACUUCGUAGCUUCGUAGCUUAGUAGGAUCCGCUGUGAUCCCACCAUCAUCAUCAUCAUCCCUGUUUUUCAACUGCACAUAUAAAAAUGUAUUUGAAAACCCUCCGUUCGAUUCUCGUGUCUUGAGGCCCGCUUGAGAAGUACUGAGAAAUAAAUAUUAAAAAAACAUAAGUGUUAUUUUCAUAUAUUAUUAUCACGGGUAAACUAAACAUCCACUGGAGGUAAGGCGACGUCCCCGCUGGCAGCUUUCUUCGCAGCUCCCUUGACACACUACAAAAAAACACCCCAAAAAAUAUGAAACACAAUAGCAACGUCAAGAACAAGAAGAGGAGUAUGAAGAUGACUCCCGGGUGUACCUCUGCUGCCAGCUGGAGGCUCGCGUCCGCCUGCGCAGGUCUUUGAGCAUCCCGUAAAGGAGGGUUGAAACCCUGUUUGCUCAACAGCCAGUAGGUCUUGUGGCAGCCUUUACCCUGACACA